GUUUACCAUGUUAACCAUCUUAGCUAAUUAGCACAAAACACAAAGUACAGAUGAGGCUGAUGGAAAUACCAUACGUUUUGCAGCUAUUUGGUCCUAAACCAAAGUAUUGGACAAAUUUAAAUGUUGAUCUGAUGAUGAGGCUUGAUGAAAAGUUAGACGAUUGCCAAAUUAUAAUUCAUUAUACCGGGACCCCAAAUGCCUGUACACAUUUUCAGUGCAAUCCAUAGCUGUUUAAAAGGUCCAGUCUGGACAAAGUGGUGGACCGAUAGACAGAGCGACAAUGCCAUGCCCUGCUGCCAGCAUGGCUAAAAAAACACUUUGUCAUCAUGCCUUUUUACUAAAAGAGGCUGAUCAGGUGGAUGCUUUUUCUAAAACUACAGCGUCUAUUCCUGCAUUGGGUUUCUCAAAUAAAGGGCCAAAUAUACACACAUACUGUCUGGACAGAUUACGCAUUAGAGUGAAUGUUACUCAGCUGGUAGAUCUAGAGCCACAAAGUAGCAAAAGAUUGAGGAAGAAUAUUCUUCCUGGUGCCAGAAUAGCGUGUUUACCAUGUAAGCUGGUAAACCUAAACCCAAGCAUAGGUUUCACUUUCCCCUGCAGGCUAACAAAAAAAGAAACUGAUCUUGGUAGUAGCCACUGAAUAACCCACAGUUACUCCAGCUGUGCUGUUAUACUGUACUAUAAGAGCAAGCAACUAUCAUCCUUUGACCCCUCCAUUCUAAAGGCAACCUCCUUGUAGUAAUCUCAGCAGAAAGCACAUAUUUGUUACCAUUAUAUAACAAACACGAUCAGUCAACCAUUAUCAAACACACAUAAUAAAAGAUGGAAGAUUUGGAUGUGUGCGGUUUAUGACGAUAGGGAAGUGAUGCUGGCUAAUUAUACACACAAUGGGCUAACCAAGCCACCUGUUACUUUCAUGUCAUCCCCUUAGAGCUGAUCAUCAAUGUUACACUUCUUUCAGUACUCGAUCUCAACAGAACUAAUAGCAGGACCUCUUUUAAGUCUCUCAUGUGAACAAUGUUCUUCCAUCUGAUGUGUGUGGCACUGCUGGGCCUGUGGUGUUGUCUCACCACAUCAACAGCUAGCGUUUCUUACCCCAAAACUCUGCCCUGUGAAGUUAGAGAGACCGACAACGGGAGUGUGGUGACGGUGGACUGCACUGAAAGAAGCCUCAAAGAUAUCCCCCUUGGCAUCCCCAGAGACACUACCAAUCUGACGCUCACCAUCAACCAUAUUCCUAACUUAAACUCCACCUCCUUUCAUGGUCUGGAGAAUCUGACUGAGAUUGACAUGAGGUGCAACUGUGUGCCCAUCAAAAUUGGGCCCAAGGACCGCAUGUGCACAAAGAGUGUGAUCAUAGAGGAAAACACCUUUUCCAGUCUGAGGAACCUGCGAGCACUGUAUCUAGAUGGCAAUCAGCUCUACAGUAUACCUAAAGGCCUCCCUCCAAACCUGAUCCUGCUGAGUUUGGAAGUGAAUCACAUUUUUUAUAUUUCAUCAGCAAACCUCUCUGAGAUUAGAAAUAUUCAGAUGCUUUACCUCAGUCAAAACUGUUAUUUCCGUAACCCAUGUAAUGUUUCCUAUGAAAUAGAGGAUGGCGCAUUUUUACAGCUUAACAAUUUAACAUUGUUAUGUCUUAAGUCAAAUAACCUAUCCUUUAUUCCACAUCGACUACCCACAAGUCUGAAGGAGUUGUACCUCUAUAACAACAACAUUCAAGAAGUCACUGAUGAGGAUUUCAAAAACUUAACUAACCUUGAGAUUCUAGAUAUUAGCGGAAAUUGUCCUCGAUGUUACAACGCUCCUUUCCCAUGCAACCCGUGCCCAAAUAAUUCCCCACUUAAAAUCAGCAAGACGGCUUUUAAAAUGUUGACAAAGCUAAAGACGCUGCGUCUGCACAGUAACUCUCUGACAUGUGUGCCAUCUGAGUGGUUUGCCAGCACAACAGAGCUAAGAGUUCUUGAUCUCUCAUCCAACUUUUUAGCAAGAGAGAUAGGAGUCACACACUUUCCACAUUUCCUGGGCAAACUGGAAGAACUGGACCUUUCAUUUAACUAUGAGCUUCAGAGGUACCCUGAAACACUGAGACUGAGCCACAAUUUCUCAUCCCUCAAAUCCCUUCGAAUUCUCAGACUGAAGGGCUUUGUGUUUCAGCAGUUAAAGCCAGAGAGCAUUGCUCCAUUAAAACCUCUAACAAACUUGGAGGUUGUGGAUCUGGGUACAAACUUCAUUAAAAUGGCAAACCUUAGUAUUCUGAUGGAAUUAAAAAGCUUUAAAAUAAUCAGUCUGUCUGACAACAAAAUAUCAUCCCCCUCUGACGGCCAAGAAGCUGUCGGUUUCUCUGGGGGAGAGCCCUUGUACUGGUCUCCCAUGUCGCCUGCAGAUCAGUACCAAAGUAAGGAAGUGAGAGAGAUUCAUUACUUCAGAUAUGAUGAAUAUGCUCGCAGCUGCAAAUACAAAGAUAAAGAACUUGGAACGAUUACAUCCUUUGUCAACAAGAACUGCAGUCAGUUCGGCAAAACCUUGGAUGUGAGCAGAAACAACAUAUUCUUCUUGCAUUCAAGAUUUCUAAAUCUGGGAGAGCUUAGAUGCCUGAAUCUGUCUGGAAAUGCAAUGAGCCAAAGUCUGAAUGGCUCUGAAUUUAGCUAUCUGGCUAAUUUACAAUAUCUAGACUUCUCCUCAAACCGCCUGGACCUGCUCUACUCCACAGCAUUUCAAGAGUUGAAAAGUCUGGUCAUCUUGGAUAUAAGUUACAACAAUCAUUACUUUGAGUCAGAGGGCUUGACUCACAUGCUUAAUUUCACUAGAAAUUUGAAAAAUCUCAAGAUAUUGCUCAUGAACCACAACCAGAUAUCCACUUCCACUAACACGGAGCUAGAGAGCGAAUCUCUAGAGAGGUUAGAGUUCACAGGUAACCGGUUAGAUAUGUUGUGGAGGGACGGGGACAUUAGGUAUGUCAAUUAUUUCAAGAAAUUACAUAAUCUGACUGUCCUCGACAUCUCUCAUAACAACCUUAAUUUCAUUCCACAGGAAGUGUUCAGUGGUUUGCCAGACAAACUGUCUGAGCUGUACAUCAAAAAUAACAAACUAAAGGAUAACUCCUUUGAUUGGGAGAAACUACAACUUUUAAGUUCUUUGCAAGUCUUAGAUCUCAGUGGGAACAGCUUAACUACUGUUCCGCCCAUGCUGUCAAUCUGUACCAAAUCUCUAAAGAAGCUCCUGUUACAUAAAAACCAGAUCCUAAAACUCACGCCAGAUUUCCUCAAGGAUGCCUACAACUUACAAUAUCUGGAUCUUAGUUUUAAUCACAUACAGUACAUUGACAAAUCAAGCUUUCCAGAUGACGUCAUCAAUAAGAUGAAAAUGCUGCUUCUGCACAAAAACAGAUUUGUGUGCACUUGCAACGCCACUUGGUUUGUCACAUGGCUCAACAGGACCACAGUGCCCAUCCCCAGACUGGCCACGGAUGUUACUUGUGCUAGCCCAGGGGCACAAAGAGGUCAUCCUGUGCUCUCAGUGGACCUGCUGGCCUGCCAGCACAGCUACCUGUCAAUCAUCCUCUACACACUCAUGACUUCCCUCGUCCUCAGCUUCCUCACCCUGUCAAUCUCCAGCCAUCUCUUCCUGUGGGACGUCUGGUACAUCUACCACUUCUGCAGGGCAAAGCUCAAAGGUUAUGGGCGCCUGAACUCCCAAAGCUCCACCUAUGAUGCCUUUGUGAUAUAUGACAAGGAGGAUCUGGCGGUAACAGAGUGGGUGAUGAAGGAAAUGGUUGCUCAUCUGGAGGACCAUGGAGACUGCCGGCUGACGCUUUGUCUGGAGGAACGGGACUGGAUCCCUGGAUGCCCCCUGAUCGACAACCUCUCCCAGAGCAUCCACAACAGCAAGAGGACCGUGUUCAUUCUCACCAGCAAAUAUAUCAAAAGUGGCAACUUCAAGACCGCUUUCUACAUGGCCCACCAAAGACUAAUGGAUGAAAAAGAUGACGUCAUCGUACUGAUCUUUUUGGAGAAAGUACCUUGCGAUUCAAAGUACCUGAGAUUAAGGAAGAGACUGUAUAAGCGCUCUGUGAUGGAGUGGCCUACAAACCCUCAAGCCCAGUUCUACUUCUGGUUCAGCCUGAGAAGUGUAUUAGCAACUGAAAGUCACAAACAAUACAACAAUCUCUUCAAAGAGACAUUGUAAAACAAUAUACUGUCAUACUUAGUUCCUUCUUAAUUAGAGAUGGCACUGAAUGUACAUCUGUAAAUGAAUUACAAUGUGUGAACAUCCCACUAUUUAAACAUAAGACAAAGAGAAAUGAUUGUGACAUGAAUGACUAAUUGUCUAUUAUGAAUUCCCUUUUUACAGUAACUCAAUAGGGAACUGGUUGGCACUCUUUGUCAUCUACACAGAUAAUUAUGAUUUUGACUUUGUCUGAGAUGGCAACAAAACUGUUUACAUGUCAUGAAAAAGGAAAUGAAACAGAUGCACUUCUGCAAUUGAGAGGCUACUUCUGCCCCAGAGCCUCUUUGUGAGAAUCAGCCAGCUCGCUGUGUUUGUUUGACUUCAGCAACAGGGGGAUUUUUUUAUUUUUUUUUAUGUGUGUUAUAUUUUAUAGAUUUUAAGUUGGAUAUAUUAACUUUGGUGACUUGAUGCAAGACAGUGUCAUCAAGUAGUUAAUUUUCAGUUUUACUUUAAAGAUUGCCAGUGCCACUGUUUCUUGCAAGGUUGUCAUUCAAGAAUCAUAAGGAAUCAGUACCACAAUGGUGAGUUUUAUUGAUACAAGUUUCUCCGUACGUUUUUUAAGCUUUACUCUAUGAAUAGCAGAGAAUAGAUUUACAUACUGAAAGUAAUAUGAAUGUUUUCCUCGUCCGACGUUUGUUAUAGAUUUACUGGUUACCUGUAUGAACUUUUUAAUUGGAUGUUUCUGUAAUAUAACCUGUGAGGGUUUUCGUCUUCUGUGAGGAACUUUAUGGCACUAGAUAAUAUUUGGUGUAUACAUUUACAGUAUUUUACUAUGAAACUAUUUGAAAACUGUUUGGCAUUUUUUAUAAUUGAGUGUUCUACAUUAAAUAAUUUACAUUAAAAUGUAUUUACAACUGUGUGAAAAAAAAAUAUAUCAUCUUCUUUCUAUGAGUAUAAUAUUUGAACAAGCAGCGGUCCGUCAUUGGAUUAGGAAUUACAAACUCAUGCUGUGCAGCCAAACCCACAUAACGAACAUAAUAUCAUGUGUCAGGCCGACAUCUUGUUAAAUGUGUCUCAAAUAAUUUAUAAUAAAUAAAGGGGAAACCAGAUGCUAA